GGCUGUCAUCGCCCACGUUCCCUCCAUCAAAGGCAAGGAAAGGAAAAUUCCAAAAUAACAAUAAUUGAAAAAAAAAAGGAAAGAAGAAGGAGAUCAUGGAAGAGAACCAAUCCCAACUUUCUCCACGUCUAUACUUCUCUUUCUCUUCACUCAUGACCGAACUCUCGGAACCCUAACCUAACCCUUACCCUAACCCUAGACUCGCCAAUGCCCGUCGUUGCCGCUGCGGAGAGAGGAUGAGGAACGCCGAGAGACAAGCGCCGCCGUCGUUCUUCUUCCGGAUGAGGAUUUGCCUCCGGCGCCCGACGAACCUCUUCUUCGCCUUCCUCUGCCUCUCUUGCGUCGUCUUCCUCGUCCCCCUCGUUCUCCUCUCAAACUUCCCCGUCGAUAUCUCAGCCUCUCGCUCGCGGAAGGAGUUAAUCGGUGAUAUCUCCGGCAUCGUGAAGAACUUCUCCCUCGGGCACCCUUCAGAUGUUCUGACGCUCAAGCAGGAAACUGAUGGUGGAGUGAAAGAACCCACCGGAAUUGUUUAUAAGGAUAGGGAUUAUCGUGAUCCAGCGAGCAGUCGGAAUACUACUGUUCAUAACACGAAUUUGGGGGAAACAAAUGGUGAACUGGAUGGCUCACCAUUUGGCAACGGCAUAGGUGGCGAACGUAAACAAGAGAAUGCUGAAGAUUUUAAUGGUGGAAAGAAGCCAGGGCCAUCUAACCGCGCAACAACUGGAGAACACAAUGAGGGAGCCCGCUCUCAGCCAGUGAUAAGCGAUAAGAUAUGGCAGAUGGAAGAUCAGCUAAUCAUGGCCAAGGCUUACCUGCAGUUUGCUCCACCAACUAGCAACCCCCAUGUGGUACGAGAGCUGAAGCAAAGGAUAAAAGAGAUAGAAAGGGUACUUAAUCAAGCCAAGAAAGAUUCAGACUUGUCUAGGAGAUCUUUGCAGAAAAUUGAAGCCAUGGAAGUAACUUUGUCCAAAGCCGAGAAGUCUUAUCCAGAUUGCUCUUCUAUGGCAUCAAAGCUACGUGCCAUGACAUACAAUACUGAAGAGCAGCUUAGAGCACAUCAGAAACAAGCUUCAUAUUUUAUCCAGCUUGCUGGCAGGACCUUCCCCAAAGGGCUUCACUGCCUAUCACUGCAGCUUACUACAGAAUACUUCACAAUGCAGCCUGAGGAGCGUGACUUGCUCAAUAGACAUAAUGAGCAGAAACCGGAUCUCUAUCAUUAUGCUAUUUUCUCAGACAAUAUGCUAGCAUGUGCGGUAGUUGUGAACUCUACCAUCUCUAAGUCUAAGGAACCAGAGAAAAUUGUCUUUCAUGUGGUGACUGAUUCGCUGAAUUUUCCAGCAAUGAUGAUGUGGUUUUCACUGAACCCUCCUGGUCAAGCCACGAUUCAGAUACAAAGCUGGGAUGAUUUUAAAUGGCUACCUGCUAGCUUCAGUUCAAUGUUUAAGCAGCCUGGUGUAAAUGACCUAAGAUACACUUCAGCACUCAACCACCUACGUUUCUAUUUGCCAGAGAUCUUCCCUUCCCUAGAUAAAGUUUUACUUUUGGACCAUGAUGUGGUGGUGCAGAGAGAUCUUAGAGAGUUGUGGAGCAUAAAUAUGAAGGGUAAAAUAAACGGAGCUGUUGAGACAUGUAGAGAAGGAGAGGCAUUUAAUCUGUUGGAAAUGCUGGUUAACUUCUCUGAUCCAGUUAUAGCAAGUAGUUUUGAUGCCAAGGCAUGCGUAUGGGCAUUUGGAAUGAAUAUGUUUGAUCUAAAAGAGUGGCGAAGACAAGAUUUAAGCAGGAUUUAUCAUAAUUGGCUUCAAGCGGGAAAGGGGCGGCACUUAUGGAAGGCAGGAAGCCUGCCAUUGGGUCAGCUGAUCUUCUACAACCAAACAGUGCCUCUGGACCGGUGGUGGCAUGUGCUUGGGCUUGGUCACGACUCCAGCAUAUCAAGGAGGGACGUCGAGAAAGCAGCGGUCAUUCAUUAUGAUGGAAACAUGAAGCCAUGGCUUGAGAUUGCUAUUGAUAAGUACAGAGGUUACUGGAACAAGUUUCUCGACUACAAUAACCCUUACUUGCAACAAUGCAACAUUCACGGGUAGUUAUCGCAUUGAUAACAGACUCCCUUCCAUUGAUUACACAACCCCCCUUUUCUUACAAGUCUCCUCUGUAAAUUUUCUUUCAUCAUUUUUUCUUCCUCCUCACCAUACCCAAUAUUGCCAUAGCUAAGCCAAUUUUUAAAUAAACCUCAAUGGAAUAAGCGUUUUCUAGAGAGGUUUGCGUUUUCUUUUGACCAACUUCAUGUGUCAGAACCAGAAUCACCUGUACAUUGAGGUAGAAUCAUAGCUUAGCCAAUUUUUUCUUAUCCCAUCUUUUUGGUGGAUAACGGGAGGAUAUCUGAAGUUUAGAUCUCCACUGAAAACAGCUUGAGAAAUUGCUAUGCAAUAAAUUUGAUACGUUACUGCUUCA